CAAAAAGAGCCUCUGUUCCUUUCACCCCCACACUUCACUUGCUUCCCCAGCUUCCCCCCCACCAGUCCACCACUCUCCCUAUCACCCACUGACCAGUCCAAAUCCCCAAUACCGCGGCCACCGCGAGCUAGCAGCGGACGCCAGGCGAGGAUGAUGCCUGCCCUCACGCCCAAUCUCCUCUUCCUCCUGCUCCUCUUCUUGGCGGCGACCUCCAGCAGCUCCCAGCCCCAGUCCCAGGUCCCUGAUGCGUCGGCGGUUAGGAUGAUGGUGCCGAUGUCCCCGGCGGCCGGGACGGGGUACAGCGCCGUGGUCCUGAACGAGACGCGGCGGCGCCUGGGCAGCUUCCAGCUCUGCGCUCCCUGCACCUGCUGCGGCGGCGCCAGGGGCGUCUGCGUGCCCUGCCCGUGCUGCUACGCCAUCAACUGCAACAUCCCCAACCGCCCCUUCGGGUUCUGCUCCUUCACGCCCAAGUCCUGCGACUGCCUCGGCUGCCACCCCUGAGCCGCCGCCGCCGCCGCUGCCUGUCAGUCCUUGUUUGCUGGUUUGCUUCUGAGUAUUAGAGAGUAAUACCGAGAGUAGAGUGAGUGUGUGGGCGGGGGGUUAGGACAGAGUAUAUGAGUUUCCCCGCCGAUGCUUUAGCUAAGUGGCGUGGCGUGGCGACUGUGAUUGUUUCUAGCUAUUUUGCUGCGGAUCUCUUGUUAUUAUAUUGUGUAGCUGCUACAAUUGAAUUGGUUAAGGAAAAGAGGGGUUUUAUUUGGAGAUUGCUUCUA